AAGAUUAAUAUCUAAUGUCACUUCCGGAUUGCACUUUUCAACCAGACACUCAUCACGUUUGUGGGACUCUGGUGCUGUUAAACCUUAAAUUAAAGACUUGUUUUCUACUUUUUUGAGUUCAGUGUUACACCAGGCAACCACCUGAGUGCUGUGGGAAAGUAAAAUGCAGGCUAUAAGAAACUUGUUCCGGGCUGCCUGGUCCUCUGCUGAGAGACUGGAUGACAACACUGUGCUCAUCACUGGAGCCAACACUGGGAUUGGUAAAGAGACAGCCAUCGACCUGGCUAAGAGAGGGGCAAAGGUCAUCAUGGCCUGCAGGGACAUGGAUCGAGCGCAGGCCGCUGUGAAAGAAGUCAUCGAAAAGUCAGGCAACGAAAAUGUUGUCUGCAUGAAACUUGACUUAGCAGACAGCAAGUCGAUUAGAGAGUUCGCUGAAGCCGUCAACAAAGGAGAGCCAAAGCUUAACAUCCUCAUCAACAACGCUGGUGUGAUGGUUUGUCCUUAUGGGAAGACAGCAGAUGGCUUUGAGAUGCAGAUCGGUGUCAAUCACUUUGGUCACUUCCUGUUGACACAUUUGUUGAUUGACCUGAUUAAAAGAUCGGCGCCAGCCAGGAUUGUCACCGUGUCCUCCAUGGCUCACUCCUGGGGCACCAUCAAGCUGGACGACAUCAACAGCGAGAAGAGUUACGACAAGAAGGCCGCCUACUCCCAGAGCAAGCUGGCCAACGUCCUCUUCACCCACUCACUGGCGAAGAAACUAGAAGGCACAGGUGUGACGACGUAUUCUCUCCACCCCGGAGUCGUCCAGACAGAUUUAUGGCGUCAUCUGAGCGGCCCUCAACAGUUAGUCAUGAAGAUGGUCAGUCCUUUCACCAAAAACUCUUCCCAGGGAGCUCAGACGAGCAUUUACUGCGCAGUGGAGCCGUCGCUGGCGAAAGAGAGUGGUGGAUACUACAGCGACUGCGCUCCUGUCAGCUGCUCGGCGGCCGGUAAAGACGACGUCCUGGCGCAGAAGUUUUGGGACUUGAGCUGUCAGAUGUGGUCGGUGACGUGGGAAUGAGUCAACCUGGAUUUAAAACAACAAUCCUUCAGUUUAUAGUGUUUCUUUGCAAUAUAUUUAACUAAUACUAUUAUCUUAAUAUGAGCUUUCUUACAGUUACAUAUUUUUCCAGCACUUUUUGUUUUUUUACUUUAAACACAAACUAAUUGCACAACAUGGUGCUAUUUCUAAUGAUGAAAAUAAUAAGAAUAUAAUAUAAAGUAUAUCAUUUGUAAUUAUCACAAUCUAAAAUGCUUUUCUAUCCAUUUUUAUAAUAGCUUUGUAGUGGAUAUUUGGAUAUGAUCGUGGAAUAAUUCAGAAAAUGUGUAAUGAGUCAGACUAAGGAGGUUUCUUCAUGUCGCAAAUGUUUUUUCUGUAUCUGUAUUUUCUGGCAUUAAACCCACUGUUACACUC